CUUCAGUUCUCUCGACCUCGUCGUCUCCCUCUCUCUCUCUCUGCUUUUCGAUUCAAUGGCGGAUCGUGUGAAAGGCCCAUGGAGCCAAGAGGAAGACGAGCAGCUGAGGCUGAUGGUGGAGAAACACGGGCCGAGAAACUGGUCGGCGAUCAGCAAAUCGAUCCCAGGUCGAUCCGGUAAAUCGUGCCGGUUACGGUGGUGCAAUCAGCUAUCGCCGGAGGUCGAGCACCGCCCGUUCUCCCCGGAGGAAGACGAGACGAUCGUCUCGGCUCGCGCCAAGUUCGGUAACAAAUGGGCGACGAUCGCUCGUCUCCUCAACGGACGCACGGACAACGCCGUGAAGAACCACUGGAACUCGACGCUCAAGAGGAAGUGGCUAGACGGGAACCUGACGACGGAGGAGGAGGGUCGAGAUCCGGCGAAGAAGAGGAGAUCGAUGAGCUCUGAGUCCGUCGUCCCUCCUCCGGUGGUGGACACUGGGUUGUACAUGAGCCCUGAGAGUCCCAAUAGCGACUCCAGCACGGUUCCUGCUCAGGUUUUUAAGCCAAUGCCGGAGGUUUCGCCGGAGGAGGAGGAGGAUCCGGCGACGGCGUUGAGUUUGUCGCUGUCGCUUCCAGGGGGUGACGUAAGCCAGGAGUCGAGCCAGAGCUCGUUGCUGGUUCCGCGGUUUGAGAGUCAGAUGAGGAUUAAUGUAGAGGAGAGAGGGGAGGCGAGGAGGGGUGAGUUUAUGAGGGUGGUGCAUGAGAUGGUUAAGGCGGAAGUGAGGAGUUAUAUGGCGGAGAUGCAGAGGAACAACGGUGGUGGAUUUGUUGUAGGAGGAGGAGGUUUCUAUGAUAGUGGGAUCACACCUAAGGUUGAGUAGUUUUUUUUUUUGGCACGUGAGAGAGAGUUAGGUGAUCGAAUCGGUUUGGGGAUUUGGAAAGCAAUUCAUUUUUGGGUUGUGGUGAAAUGAAAAAAGAAUGUACAGUUCAAUUAAAAUUGGAUAAUAAUAAUAAUAUUAAUUGAAUAAUCUUUAUUCAAAA